AUGAUACGACAAGACUUUCAAAGGGUUGAUCCAAAAAGGAGAGCGACGCUGGACCAUAAAAAGAAGCAGUUCGCGUCGCCGGUAUACAAACAGCAGGACUACCCACAUCGAUUGAAUUUCUACGAUGUUCCACCCACUGCAGAAAUCACUCUGGAGCAAUUUGAGCAAUGGGCUAUUGACAGGCUGAAGAUAUUGGCUGAAAUCGAAGCCUGUUCAUAUCGAAACAAAUCGGCUACCGAGACAGCCGCACACAUCACCCCUCUCCUCCAGAAAUAUCUUCCACUUUCGUCGAACACAUCCUCUUCCUCCGGUGCGGCAGAUCAACGACUGAAGAAUGAGCGCCAGAAAGAUCACUACUCCCAUUUCAUCCUCCGCCUGGCGUUUUCGGCGACGGAAGAUCUUCGCCGGCGGUUCGUUCGCGCAGAGACAAUGCUGUUCAAAUUUAGAUUCCAACUGGACGAUUCUCGAGAAAGACGCGCCUUCAUUGAGUCCCUGAAUCUGGACUGGGAGUCUGUGAGUGACGAGGAGCGACGUGAACUCGCGGAGAAGCUGGCGAAUGCAACUCCCGGUCUGCGCCGUGUCGACGAGGAAUCUUGGUACAAAGUAGAUUGGGAGCGAGUACCGGAGCUGGUGGAGAGACGGGCAGUGCUCUUGUCCAGAGGCAAGGCCUAUGUCCCUGGCAGAGAACAGCUAAGCAUGAUAAUGGCUGAGUUCACGGCUCGCCUGGAACGCGCCCUGGAGCUCACAAGUCGAGCACUACCCCGUCUGGACGAAGACGACCGUCUGACUCCAAUUCUGAACCACCUGUCGAAGAACUUUGGCAGCGCAGAGUCUGUCUACUCGGAAGGCGAGGGCGUUGUCGACGGCGCCUCUAUCACUGCAAACAAUAUCGAUCGUCUCUCACAACAUUUUCCCCUCUGCAUGCGCAAUCUCCACAUGACUCUGCGCAAAGACAAUCAUUUAAAGCACUUUGGUCGACUUCAAUACACGCUCUUCUUAAAGGGAAUCGGUCUAUCCUUGGAAGAGUGUAUUCUCUUUUGGCGACAGUCAUUCAAAGGCUUUACGGACGAUGAAUUCAAUUCGAGAUACAAGUACAAUAUUCGUCACGCCUAUGGUGACGUCGGUGGUGAUGUUAACCGACGAGGUCGGGGAUAUCCUCCAUACUCGUGCCAGAAAAUCCUCAGCGACUCUAAUCCCGGGGUCGGCCAGACCCAUGGGUGUCCAUAUCGUCAUUUCUCGGUGGAUAACCUGAUUGGACUUCUCCAAGCCACAGGUGUGAACGACAAGGAAGUACUUCGCGGAGUGCGAGAAGACGUUGGAAAGACCCGUUAUCACAUCGCCUGCAACAGAGUCUUCGAGUGGGCACACAAGGCAGACAUCAAGAGAGUCAAAGAAGAUGGCACUUGGAGUCAGACGGAUUUGGACACCAUUGUGCACCCGAACACAUACUUCAAGCGCAGUUAUCUUCUUAAACAGAUGAGGAAGCCGACCAAGGAUUCUUGA